GCGCCUACCGCAGCCUGCGGCCCGGUGGGAGCGUCCCGGGCCCUGCCCCGGGGCGCCCUGAGGCGGGGCAGUGCCCACUCCCGCCGGCCGCCCUCACAAGGCCCAGGCCGCCUCCUUCCCACAAGGCCCAGCAGGGCCGCCCUCACACCUGCCCCGCCCUGCCCUGUCCCGCCCGGCCCCACCCUGCCCCGUGGCCUCUGUCACACCCCACGCUGACGUGCUGAGCCUUCCACCAGCCAUUGUGACGCCACAGGCGCCAGUCGGGCACGGCUUUGUUGGUGCCCGCAGCCGGCGCUCAGAGCUGCUGGAGCCUCUCGGGGAGCAGCAGCACAUCCCGCUCGGGGAGCAUUGCGCGCCUGCAUCGCCGUCUUGGCAGCUGCAGGCCACGACCACUGCGCAGGGCGACCUCGUCUGCCUUGUGCUUCAUACCCUGUGCCCGUCCUUCUUCUCGUCCCCUUUGUCACCCUCCCCCUAAACCUCGCCCCGUCCCAUUCCUCAUCCCCACUUGGCUCCCGGCAGCCCGCCGGGGCCUUCUUGCCCUUCCUGCUGCUGGGAGCUCCAAGCAGGGCCAUGCCGUGGCUUCUGAGCAAGAAGCGACGGCAGUCGCCCUCCAGCAGCCCCAGUGGGCAGCCCUGGGCUGCCACCAGCUCCAGCAGCGCCUCCCAGCUCCGGGAGCAGGGGCUGGGCAGGCUGCACCGCGCGGCCGCCCGCGGUGACCUGGGCUGGCUGAGGCGCUGGCGCUGGUACAUCAAGGUAGUCGGCAUCGACAGGCCAGACCAGGAGAUGCGGACACCUCUGCAUCUGGCUUCAGCCAAUGGCCAUGCAGAUGUCGUCAGAUAUCUGCUAAGAAAGAACAGCCAGCCCAACCUCGCUGACAGCUUCAAGAGAACGGCCCUGAUGAAGGCAGUGCAGCAGGAGCAGGAAGAAUGUGUUGCUGUUCUGCUGGAACACGGUGCCGACCCCAAUCUGGCAGACGCUGACGGCAACACUGCCCUUCACCUGGCUGUGCUCUCUAAAAACACAGCUGUAGCAGGGCUGUUACUGGAGCAUCAUGCCAACAGUGAUGCUCAGAACCAGUGGGGAUUUACCCCCUUGAAACUUGCAGCCUUGCAACAGCACGAGGAGAUUCUGGAGUGCCUUGUGAACAAAGCAGCUGACAGGCCUGCUCAAGCCCAGGGGGAAAGGAGUGCUCUUGUGGUUCCUGGAAGCCAUGGGGCUCACCUGGAGGAAGAUAAUCUGCGCUUGCAGGAGGUGCUGGACAGGGCUGGCGCGGAGCUGCAGGAGGAGGAAGAAAAGCAUCUUCAGUCUGAGCAUUGUGUUCCUGACUUGAAGACUGCCUUGGAUGCCAAGAAAAGAGAGGCAGUAACUUCUUCCCAGAAACUGCAGGACCUCCUGUUGGCAUCUUGCGAGACCAAUCCGACUGUGAACCAACUGGAAGAAGACGCGCAAGACUUUGCAAGUGAGAACAGCAGAUUGGAAGCCACUGUCCAGCAGCCAAGCGAGAGCGUUGAAGCCCUUCCGAGAGCCCUGCAAGCCUCUGCCUCAGAUGGUGAACUUUCCCAGCAGCUGGACAUGGAGCCUGGAACAGGCAUGCAGCUCGAGGCCCUAAACCAGGCUUUGCAAGAAGAGCUGUCCACUCUGCUUGGGAAGUGUGAAACACUGGAGAAGAGCAAAUGUCAGCUGCAAGAAGAGGUGACAAAACUCCACCACCAUUUGGAGACUUUGGUGCUGGAUGGCAGCCAAAGAGAACAGUGUACAGGAGAGGUGGAAGAAGGAGCUGCCCAGGAAAGAAGUGCAAAGCUACAAGAGGUCAGCCUCGUUUUGCAAGCACAGGCAGCCCACCAGGCCCCACUAGGACAAACCAGAGACCAUCAUUGUGAUUCCAUGAGAAUCCAGUUGGAAGAAAGAAUUAGAAAUCUGGAAAGUGAAUUGGAGAGGGUAAAAAACACCCAACAAGAGAGAGCUUCUCGUAAAAAAGCAACUCAGGGAGAGAUGGAAAGGUACAAAGAGCUGUAUCUGGAGGAAGUGAAAACCAGAAGAUGCCUUGCCAAGAAACUGGAAAGGCUGGAAAAGCUUCUGAGGAUAGAGAGCAGGAAACUCCGGGUUAAUGAAGAGAAAGGAAGUCAGUCCCAGCUGGAAGAAAUGAAGAAGAGAUAUUCUGAAAAGGUCAAGGAAGUUGAUAGAUUCCAAAAAGAGGUUGCUGAACUUUCCCAGCAGUUGGACAGGGAACGUGAACAGUGCACGCAGCUGGAGGCCAAAAAUCAGGCUUUGCAAGAAGAGCUGUCUGCCCUGCGUGGGGAGUGCGAGAACCUGGCCAUGGACAAAUGCCAGCUGCAAGAAGAGCUGGCAAAACUCCACCAUCAUUUGGAGACCAACGUGGUGGAUCGCAGCCAACUCGAACAGUGUAAAAGAGAGGUGGAAGAACGAGCAGACCAGGAAAUAAGACAAAAACUCCAAGAAGUCAAUGAGUUUUUGCAAGCACAGGCAGCCCACCAGGACACCUUAGAAGAAAUCAGAACCAGUCAUGUGGACUCACUGAAAAAACAGUUAGAAGACAGAAUUAGAGAUCUGGAACGUGCACUGGGAAGGACAAAAAGCAACCAAGCAGAAAGACCUUUUCCAAAAGAAUCCACCCAGGCAGAAGUGGACAAGUACAAAGAGCUGUAUCUGGUGGAAGCCAAAACCAGAAAAAGCCUCACCAAGAAACUGGAAAGAGCUACUGAGAGACUUGCAGUGGCCAACACCAAGCUCUUUUUGGAGUGCCACAGAAGCAGAUCUGCAGUCCCAAGCAGCGCUGUCAGCGGACUUCUGGCUGCAAGUCCACUUCUGGAUUCACCUGGCCUGGGACAUGUUGGCCUCAGUUUGGGACUGAGCAGAAGUCUGGCUCUCAGAACACCACCCAGACACCUGUGGUAAAGCCCAAGACUUCUGCUCAUCAGGACAUCCUGUAAGGGACCGUUCAGAUGGAUGGAACAAAUUGCUUCCUUUCCUUAAUUUCAACAUCCACGGCCUAGUAGCCACUUUCCUUAAUGGUGGCCUUCAAGGUUUGGUAGCAAAGACUCCAAGAUCAGCUCUAACCCAUCCCUACAUUGCUCAGCGACAAUGAUCCUAGUGGUGAAGGCAGCGAAACUGCUACUUAAAAUUGGAGAGGUGGUGCUGCAUUGGUCCCCUUGUUGUACGAAAGGAAUCGCUGGAGCUUUGGGGACAAGAAGUGCCAACGGCCACGACAACUGUACACAGGCAACAGUAUCGGAGGAACCGAGAUGCUGUGACCCCCAUCCAUCCAUCCAGUACAUCCAUGACAUCAUUGUGGGGGGGACACAGCAGAAGAAGUUUUCGAGAAAGGACAGAAGAUCAUCCAGAUUCUCCUCGAGGCUGGUUUUGCCAUUAAGAAGAGUAAGGUCAAGGGCCCUGCCCAAGAGAUCCAGUUCCUAGGGCUGAAAUGGCAAAUGGACGACACCAGAUACCAACAGACGUCCUCAACAAGAUUGUAGCAAUGGCUCCACCCACAAACAAGAAAGAAACCCAAGCUUUUCUGGGAGCCAUUGGCUUCUGGAGGAUGCACAUCCCAGAGUACAGCCAGAUGCUGGAGAUAAAGGUCCCUCCUGGAGCCUCUGGCCAAAGGUGCCUGGUGAGACGUGAGGGCGACCACUGGGUUUCUGGAGCCGAAGCUACAGAGGUUCUGAGGCCAAUUCCACCCCUGUGGAGAAGGAAAUCUUAGCAGCCUAUGAAGGCAUACAAGCAGCUGCAGAGCUUUCAGAUUCAGCAAUGUCCUCACUCCCGACAGACCAGGGUCCCCUUUCCAGAGUAAUGGAGGAGCACCGUGAUUUUUUAAUCCAAAAUUCCCGGAUUGGAAUGAAAUGCUCUGGAAAGGCUCUGGAAAUCAUUCGGGGUUCACAAUCAUCAAGGAAGAUGUUCACCAGGAAUUGCUGAUCACUGGCCUCCAGCUGGAUGUUGCACUCCUGAUCACCACCCUGGCCAGCAGAUUUCAACCAGCCUGCUGUCUGCUCAUCCAGCCCAUACUUCAUGGGCUUCUCU